AACACACUAAUGGAAGACUGGAGGAGAAUAGAUAUCGACGCAUUCGAACCAGAUAAGUUCCUCCUGAAGGAAGAACUCGUGCCCGCCAUCGCCAACCCGGUAGACGAGGCUGCCAUCCCUUCAAUCAUCGCCGAGUGCAAGGCCAAACUUUCCAAGGGCCAAUUUGCCGAAGCGUUGAAAACCGCUCUCCAAAACCCCCCUUACCUUUCAUCACCUGCAGCCAAGGCCAGCUACGACCAAUUGGUCUUUGAGACAUUGAUCUCCGUCAAGAACAACAACACCGACAUCUUGCCGUUUGUGAAACAAUUAUCUAGUGACGAACAGGAUACUUUGGUUAAAUACUUAUAUAAGAUUAUGGACACCAGCUACGGGUCGAAACAGGGGGCGGUAUUAUUGGCGUGGUACGAGAAGACCGUCGAGUUUACGGGGUUGGGCCCGGUCAUUCGGUUCAUGAGCGACCGUCGGACUGUUUAAAUAUAUAGGAAAUAAAUAACUAGGGCCUUCGUAUCGACCUUCCCCCUUCCCAAGGAGUGCGGAAUAAGUGCUGAAGACAGUGUCAAGCUUCAGGUUCAUGGAGAUCAAAAUUGGCGGUCAACAAACGUGUAGGGCCAAUAUACGUCAAGUGACGGGGCGGAGGCGGGCCAGUGUCCCUGGAUCUCUGGGGCAAGGUUUGAGUGGGGGCACUCUC